CCAGGCCCAACCCCGCCAGCUCCGAGCCCUGGGGGGCGGGGGGGGGGGGGGUGCUGGGACUUUCAGAGCAAUUUGCUCCGCCCCACCCAGCCCGGGCCACGGACCGUUACUUUAAGUUUCCGCUACUUUGGUACUUUCAGUUUUGAAGCGCGGGGAGGCCCAGGCGGGGGUCCUCGGCCCCGUCAAUUCAGCUACAAAUUCACACAAAUAACGAUGGCGGGUCCGGUCUCAACCCUCCGGCUCCGUGACCCCUUGUGCGGCGAGGGUACAGCCUCGACCAAGCUACGAUGAUGGGGAAGGUUCCCUCGUUUGCCCCUGGCUCCACAGUGAGCUCCGCUCUGCCGGGCUACGUCGCUCUCUGCCUCGCUCUACAGGUUCACAGGCUGGCGUCAGCACGGUUCACAGUGACUGGACCUGACCAUCCGAUCACUGCCUCCCUAGGCGGGGAGGCUGUCCUGCCCUGCCACCUCUCCCCCAGGAUGAGCGCUGAGGACAUGGAGCUGAGGUGGUUCCGAUCCCAGUUCUCUGCAGUUGUGCACCGGUAUAAGGAUGGACGGGAUCAGUAUGGAGAGCAGAUGCCGGGAUAUCAGGGAAGGACAGAGCUGCUGAAAGACAAUAUCACCAGUGGGAGUGUUUCCCUGAGAAUACGCCAUGUCCAGGUUUCUGACCAUGGACAGUACACGUGUUUCUUUCAGUCCAGUGUCUCGUAUGAAGAAGCCUUACUGGAACUGCAGGUGGCAGUUUCAGGCUCUGACCCCCAAAUCUCUGUUGACGGUUACCAAGAUGGAACAAUCUGGGUUGUGUGUCGAUCAGCAGGCUGGCACCCAGAGCCCAAGGCUCAGUGGAGAGAUCACAGUGGGCAGCUGCUACCAUCUGCUUCUGAAAAAAUAUUCAAGGAUGCCAAUGGCCUGUUUCAAAGCCAGAUUUCUAUUUUUAUAACAGAACAUUCCAACCAGGAUUUGUCCUGUUCUGUCAGGAACCUGCCUCUUAACCAAGAGAAAUUAUCAACAGCUUCCAUAGCAGAGCUGUUUUUCCCAAGAGUCAAUCCCUGGAUGGUGGCUCUGGGGGUGAUCCUGGCUCUCCUGGCUGUUCUCAUUGCCCUGGCCACUUACUGCUUCUGGAGGCAACACAGAGCGAAAGAGACACUGCAGGGUGAACUCAAGUGGAGAAGAGACGUACUAAAUGCAGGUUGGGAGAAAGCCCGACAAUAUGCAGUGGAUGUGACUCUGGAUCCAGACACGGCUCAUCCCAAACUCGCCCUGUCUGAGGAUCGGAAACAUGUGAAACGUGGAGACACACGCCAGGAUCUGCCUGACAAUCCUGAGAGAUUUCAUCAUUGUUCCUGUGUCCUGGGAGCGGAAGGGUUCAUGGGCGGGAGGUGUUACUGGGAGGUGGAGGUGGGAGACAAGACAAGAUGGACUCUGGGGGUUUGUAGGGAAUCUGUGAGCAGGAAGGGGAAGGUCACAUACACACCUGAGGAUGGAUACUGGGCCGUGCGGCAGAGGGAUGGGGAAUACAAGGCCCUCCCCUUCCCUUGGAUCCCCCUCCCUGUGAGUGUAAGGCCGAGCCGGGUGGGGAUUUUCCUGGACUAUGACGCGGGCGAGGUCUCAUUUUACAAUGUGACUGACGGGUCCCAUCUCUUCACUUUCACAGGCACCUUCUCCGGGACGCUCCGCCCUUAUUUCAAUCCUGGUCUCAACGCUGGAGGUAAAAACGCAGCUCCCCUGAUUAUCUGCCCGGUCCCAGCUCAGACCGGAGGGAAUCUUGGUCCCUGACAGUGAUACCAACAGCACAGACUGUCCCCUCCCAGUGCUGCUGCUCUCCCCAACCCCAGUAAUAGAGGCCAGUUACUGCAGGGAACUGGACUUUUUGUGCUGACCGGAUGCUGCCAGUUUCCCUUUUCAACUGGAGGUUCCAGUCGAAAACCGGACACCUGGCAACCCGUAUCCCUCUCCUUUAGCUGUCCCCUGCCCCAGGGGUAGCAGAUGGUGGUGGAUGGGGGUCAUUCACUCCUGUCAGAAUUUUCUACCCCUGUGAAAUCUCAGUGUAAAAUAUGGAAGAAAAAAGAUUAUUCUAAUUUAGAAAAUUUUAUAACAAGGUGUAAAUAAAAGAAUAUUUUCAUUUACAUUUCAAAGAUAUUUCAAAAGCAAGCAUCUAAACGUAUUUUUAGAAAUGGAAUUAUUUACAUUUAUUUUUUGAUUCUUCCCUCAAAUCUAUAUUGAAGUUUAACUUCUCUAAAUAACAUCAUUUGUAUUUCAACUGUGGAAUUUCAAGAAAUCCAAAAUAUGUAUCUGUCAUAAAUAUAAAGGGGGAAGGGUAACAACUUUUAUGUAUAAAGAAAAGGAGUGUGACAAGUACUCCUUUUCUUU